CAAACACUAUCCUUAGAAAGAAGUCGCAUUGCAUUGCCUUGCAUUGCAUUGCAUUGCAUUGGCGCAGCACUUGUUGUAUGUUGGUGUUGAACGAUGACGGCGUUUGAGCGUGAAAGCCACCCUCCGUUUCCGUUACUGUUAGUGUUACCGUUACUGUUACUCUCUCCGACGAAUGCCUCCAUCCACGACUACUCCAACGAGGCCUUCACCCACCGCUCCGACGCCUUCUUCUUCCACGGCGGCAGCGAGGCCCUCUUCGCCAAAUCCUUCAUCAGGUUCGAAACGGUGACGUUCACGCGCCCUCGCGAAUCCGCCAGCGUGCACGGCUCGAUGCAGCAGAACUCGGGGCUCGUGGAGGCCAUAGUCCUCGAGGUUCGGGAUCGGAACCGGAUCGGAGGCACGUUCCUCAAAUCCGAUUUGCUCUGCUGCGAUCCCAAGCUCGCCAAGGAAGGAAACUGCAACCUCGGCGAAGUCAUUAUCCAGAAGAAUCCCGAUAACCCCCAAUUCCCCAAACGCAUCAAGACCUUCUUUCAGGGAACCAACGACGAGAUCAAGAUGGAGACGCAAACCUUGGAGAUCAACGCCACCGGGAUGUACUACCUCUACUUCAUGUUCUGCGACCCUUCGCUUAAGGGCACCACCAUCCAGGGAAGGACCGUGUGGAGAAACCCUAAAGGUUACUUGCCUGGGAAAAUGGCACCUCUUAUGACCCUUUAUGGCUUUAUGUCUCUAGCUUACUUGUUAUUAGGGCUUGCUUGGUUUUUGAGGUUUGUUCAGUUCUGGAAGGAUAUCAUUCACUUGCAUUAUCAUAUCACUGCUGUUAUUGCGCUUGGGAUGUGUGAGAUGGCUGUGUGGUAUUUUGAGUAUGCUAAUUUCAACUCCACUGGGGCUAGGCCCAUGGGGAUUACCCUCUGGGCAGUUACCUUUACCUCUGUUAAGAAGACUCUCUCGCGGCUGCUGCUGUUGGUUGUGUCCAUGGGGUAUGGGGUUGUUCGCCCCACGCUCGGUGGGCAUGGGAUUGCUUACAGAGUGUUGCUGCUUGGCUUGUUCUAUUUUGUUGCCUCGGAGGCGCUUGAGCUUGUUGAGCAUUUGGGGAAUAUUAAUGACUUCUCCGGGAAGACUAAGCUGCUUUUGGUGCUCCCUGUCGUUUGUCUCGAUUCCUGCUUCAUUCUGUGGAUUUUCUCGUCGUUGUCCAAAACCUUGGAGAAACUGCAGACGAGGAGAAACUUGGCUAAACUGGAGCUUUACCGAAAGUUUACAAACACGCUUGCGGUGUCUGUGCUGCUGUCCAUUGCGUGGAUUGGCUUUGAGCUAUACUUCAAUGCUACCGAUCCAUUGAGUGAGCUGUGGCAAAUUGCUUGGAUUAUUCCAGCUUUCUGGUCCCUGCUUUCAUAUGCCCUCUUGCUGGUGAUAUGUGUCCUUUGGGCUCCUUCUCGGAACCCUACUAGAUAUGCAUACAUGGAGGAAACAGGUGAUGACUUUGAUGAGGAGGGCAUCUCUCUGACGAGCAGUGUAGCGAAGAUAAGUGGGGAUGUGGCAGCCAAGCUUGAUCGGAAGGAAAGGAAGGGUUCAAGUGCCACAGAUCAUGCCUUUGGAGAAGAUAUUGAGGAAGAUAAGCGAGAGUAAUGUCAAACUUGUAUAGUAGUGUUGUUUCAUAUGACUGACAUCAUUUCUCACAACAUGUCUGUAGAUGGAUGUCCAUAUAUGCAUGUGGUUUUGUAUGCAACAGGUGUCGGUUGGUGAUGGGGAAACAAAGGAGGCAAUCUCACCAUUAGAUCAAAAUCGUUUAAUUGCAACUCAUACGUACCACAUUAGAGUAGUUUUUCAUAACAGAUGGUGUGAUAAAAUCAUUCCUUGGUUUGGUUUCAAAUGACCAUCAUCCCUAUGUAUCCAUCUCUAUGCCUUCAAAGUUCAAAUUUACAUUCCCUUUUCCUAUAGCAAAACGAGUUCCAAAAUUACUGUUUCAGGAUUUUAAGGAAAAUUUCCCACAUUAUUGACAGA